CAACCCGGCCCUAUAAAUACCCUCACUAUAAGAGUUUGGAAUGCUCGCGAAGCUCUAGGGUUUCUUCUCGGCGUCCAACGAAAGCCUCAUGGGGAAGGGCACGGGAAGCUUCGGCAAGCGCCGGAACAAGACCCACACUCUCUGCGUCCGCUGCGGUCGUCGUAGCUUUCAUCUCCAGAAGAGCCGCUGCUCUGCUUGUGGCUACCCAUCCGCACGCAUCCGCAAAUAUAACUGGAGCAUGAAAGCGAUCAGGAGGAAGACGACGGGGACUGGGAGGAUGAGGUAUCUCCGCCAUGUUCCGCGUAGGUUUAAGAGCAACUUCCGUGAAGGUACUCAAGCAACUCCCAGGGCAACGGCUGCUGCUGCCAGUGCAUCAGUCUAAAUAGUGAGAAAGCAUUGAUCUUUUUAUGAGUAAUUUUGUGUUUCUUUUUGAACUGUUUUUUAUUAAUUUCCAAAUGCUUGAAUUGAGUAUAUGUAUUUUCUUGGUUGUUGGAUUGUCAGCAAGAAUUUCAUUCUACUUGAUUAGAUGAUUUUGGGAUGAA